CGCGCGAUCUGCGAUCUGUCACUGCUCCCCCAGAAAGUUCUCCCCUCGAUGCUGGUGUGGUAACCUUCACACUGGGAACUCAGUGACCGCUGGGACUGUCCUCUCACUCCAGGCUCGCCAUGUCGAACCGCUAUUCGGUCUUUUCCAACCAGUCCGCCGGGCUUUCGGCUGGACCUCGGCCGGCCUCUCAACAUGCAACCCAGGUCUCGACCACCACUCUGCUGAAUGCCCUCCACUCUUUUUACAGCGCCGGUCAAUCAUACCAGCUGGAUGCGGGCACCAGCUUGGUGGUGAACACCUGGGUGACGGCCGCCACAACCCUCCCCGAUGGCCGCAGUGGUGCGACUGUCGAUCGCGACAUGGCCGUCCGGGCCUGGGAACACGCCCGGAGGCGAGCAGAGGAUGGUUGUGUGGUUCUUUGCUCACUCCACCAGUCGACUCCGUCUCUGCUGGAGCCAUUCAUUUCGGCGCUGCCAAUCUCCACUCCGGAGGUGGCAUUGACUGCUCUGGCCGCUCUACGGCCCUUCGUUUCCGCCGUCACCUCGUUUAACCCGUCGUACUCUCUACAUUCUGCCCUCUCCGCUUCCUACACAUUGACACUUCAGGGGACCGUCGUCGGUCUUUCUCUGGCCCUGUCGACCUCCGGCAUCAAUGUGCGCAAGGGUCUCCUCGAGAUCCCCAAAGAGUCGGGCUUCCGUGCAUUCGAUGCUUUCUAUUACCUUCUGACAUCUGCUUCCACCCCCGCUGAGCGCGAAUUCUUGGAUCUGCAAGACCCCUCGGCCUAUGCCCUCCUCAACCGAUCCGGGACUUACUCACCUCCGUCUUAUCUGCCCACCGCCGAUGAUACAGCUUCGGCUGAGGAUUUUAGAGCCCACUUGAAGGCUAUUGGCAUAAGAGGAGCUACUCACCGAGGUUUGCUCACCGUUCUUGCAGGCCUGCUCAAGCUCGGUAAUGCAACUGGAUUGGAGGUUGACCAGGAAGAGCUGGAGGAAGUCUGUGAAGAUGUAGGCGGUCUUUCGGGCGUGGAUCCUGAGGUUCUAUUGCACAAAUGUUCCACCGACGAGCGUGAGGUCCUGAUUGCCGGGAUCUACGAAGCUCUCGUAGACUGGGUCAUCAGCAAAGCGAACGAAGCCAUUACAGCUGACAUCCAAAGUGCGAUCGAGAAUGACUCCAGCAAUGGCGGUGCAGGCGCGGCUCAUGUCGUCAACGAAGACACGGUCACCCUGACUGUGAUUGACAUCCCGCGCCCAGCUCUGGGCAAAGCGAUCGCAAUGAGAGGCGUGUUUGACGAUGAUCUUGGCCUGAAUGCUGAAAUGAAGGAAGAUGGAAUCACCAUUCCACCCGUCGGCCAGUCCGUCGUCACCGAAAUGAACACGGCGGUAACACAAGUCGAGGCUGAUCUCGGUGGCACGACCAGCCCCGCUGGGCGGGAGCGUGAACACGAACUCGACCGGCGCCAAGGAGUGUUGGAGAAGGUCGGAGUGGAGGCUGAGGCGGAUUCCUUCUUGCGGCAGCUCUUGUUCCCGGUCGAGACGGAGGGUAUUUCUCUCGGCAAGCGUGGACGCUUCGACCUUCCCACCACUCUCGGUAGCAGCCGUGUCUGGUACCACCUCUCCAUCCACCCAACUGAUGACCUGCCCGGUCAGCUCAAUAUCUCCUCUGCAGCCUGGUCCGCUGGUGCCGUGUCGCGCCAGUUGCGGGAUUGGCGACUUCCCGAGUGGGCCAACCGCCGUCUUAAGCAACUCGAUUUCACUGCUGAUUUCGACGUCGAGGAGUUUGUGGCUCGCUACGAACGACUUGGCUGCACUGAAGGCCAGGAUGGUGUCGAAAACUGGAUCCUUGAGAGAGGCUGGAGUAACGGCGACGCCGUCGUUGGCCACCAGCGAAUCUGGAUGAGGGAGGGUGCAUGGUGGGAGGCGGAGUCCAUGCUCGAUCUGAAGCCGGCUGAAGCUCUUCAAAAUCCUUUCGGCUAUGGUGCUGCCGUGUACGAGCCCGGCCUCACACCAGACGGCUAUCCUGUCGGCGAGGGCACGAACCUACUUGGCAGCCAGAACGAUUUGAUCAUGCAACAAUCAGUGAUGGCUCCAAGUGUCAUGGGAGGUGCCAAGUCAAUUGCUCCCAGUGCCCCGUACACCCAUGCUGCCAAUCCUGGUGACUAUGGUCUUGGCCACAAAGGCGACGACAACAAAGGAGAUAUUGCCUACUACGACGACUACGGCCGAUACAUUGGCGACCUCGAUCCUGAAUUUGGUGACCCGAAGCACAUUGAGAAGAAGAAUAUCACCUUUGGUCGUCGGAUGUGGACUGCUCUUGUCUGGGCUCUUACCUUCUGGAUCCCAUCCUUCUUGCUCCGCUAUGUUGGUCGCAUGAAGCGCCCAGAUGUGCGGAUGGCGUGGAGAGAGAAAGUUGUCUUGGUUUUCUUGAUCUUGAUCUUCAAUGGGGUUGUCUGCUUCUAUAUUAUGGCCUUCGGUGAUCUCCUAUGUCCCAACAAGGACAAGGUGUGGAAUAAUAAGGAGGUCAGCUGGCAUACCCAAGAUAACAACUUCUUCGUCAGUAUCCACGGCCGGGUGUACGACAUUUCCAAAUUCUGGCGGAAGCAACACAGUGACGACGGCACCGACACGACUAGUUCCAACAUGAAGCCGUUUGCUGGCUUGAACAUGGACGCUUAUUUCCCUCCGCCUCUCACUGUGUACUGCUCCGACUUUGUCACGAAAGAUUACGUUAAUUUGCAGAAUAACGACACCACUGCCGUCUCGGAUCCCACCGCCGUGCACAAUUCUGGACCGUACCUUGAACCAAACCCGAAUACCGCCUUGCACAAAAUCACUUGGUAUCAGAACAUAUUCCUGCCUAGUAUUUCUGAAUACUACAAAGGCGAGCUGGUUUGGACGAGAGAUACCGUUCAGAACCAAGCCAACAAUGACCAACGCUACUGGGUCAUUAACGAUCAAAAGAUCUACGAUCUCACAAACUACUUCUACACUGCCAAUUUGAUGAACAAUGAAGACCCCUACACUUGGUUGCCAAGCUCCGUGACCAAGCUCUUCAAGGACAACAUGGGAACUGAUGUGACGGACAUAUGGCCGGAUACGGAAGAUUUCAGGAAAGCCCAGACGUGUCUGGACUAUGUCUUCUACAAAGGCAAGGUUGACUUCAGAGACAGCCCUAGGUGCACGGUGAACAACUGGAUUCUUUUGUCUUUCACUAUCCUGAUUUGCAGCGUUAUCCUUAUCAAGUUUUUGGCGGCUCUGCAAUUAGGUUCCAAACGCCGACCGGCACCCCAGGACAAGUUCGUCAUCUGCAUGGUCCCCGCUUACACCGAAGGCGAGGAUUCCCUGCGGAAGGGCCUUGACUCGCUCACUGCCUUGCAGUAUGACAACAAGAGAAAGUUGAUUUUCGUGAUCUGUGAUGGUAUGAUUGUUGGUGGUGGAAAUGACCGGCCGACCCCUAAGAUCGUCCUUGAUAUCCUCGGCGUGGACCCCAAGAUGGAUCCGCCUGCGCUGCCUUUCAAAUCUGUUGGCCAGGGCAGUGACCAGCUCAACUACGCCAAGGUUUACUCUGGUCUGUACGAGUACGAGGGCAAUGUUGUGCCCUAUAUCGUGGUGGUCAAGGUCGGCAAAGAGUCUGAACAGAGAAAAUCGAAGCCCGGUAACCGUGGCAAGCGAGACUCGCAAGUGCUUCUGAUGCAUUUCUUGAACCGAGUUCACCACCGUGGCCCGAUGUCACCCAUGGAACUCGAGAUCUUCCACCAGAUCAACAACGUCAUUGGUGUGGACCCGGAGCUCUAUGAGUACUGCUUCAUGGUCGAUGCCGAUACCAGCGUCAAAGAAGAUUCGUUGAACCGUUUAGUGGCAGCCUGUGCCGCCGAUGCUAAGAUUGCCGGAAUUUGUGGUGAAACCAGCCUUCAGAACGAGGAACGCAGCUGGUGGACCAUGAUCCAGGUGUACGAAUAUUACAUCUCCCAUCACUUGUCCAAAGCAUUCGAGUCACUCUUUGGUAGCGUUACUUGUCUGCCUGGAUGUUUUACCAUGUAUCGUCUUCGAACCGCGGACAAGGGCCGGCCUUUGAUCAUUUCAGACAAGGUCGUUCAGGAAUACGCAGACAACGAUGUCGACACUCUCCACAAGAAAAACUUGUUGUCUUUGGGUGAGGACCGAUUCUUGACGACCCUCAUGACCAAGCACUUCCCUACCAUGCGAUACAAGUUCAUUCCCGACGCCUACGCAAGCACAGCUGCCCCUGAGACCUGGGGUGUGCUCAUGUCUCAGCGACGUCGUUGGAUUAACUCGACCCUCCACAACUUGGUGGAGCUGGCGGCUCUCAAGGAUCUCUGCGGUUUCUGCUGCUUCAGUAUGCGCUUUGUCGUGCUUGUAGAUCUUAUGGGAACAGUCAUUCUGCCUGCUACGUGUGUCUACUUGGGAUAUCUGCUCUACCGUGUCGGUAGUCACACCGGUCCAUUCCCAUUGAUUUCGAUCAUCAUGCUUGCGGCUAUCUACGGUCUUCAGGCGAUCAUCUUCCUCUUCAAACGCCAGUGGCAGCACAUCGGAUGGAUGAUUAUCUACCUCCUGGCGUUCCCCAUCUACAGUUUUGUCCUGCCGCUGUACUCGUUCUGGAAGCAGGAUGAUUUCACGUGGGGUAGCACCCGCGUGGUUAUCGGCGAGAAAGGUGAUAAGCGUGUCAUUGCGGUGGAGGAUGAGACCUUCGAUCCUCGCAGCAUUCCUUUGCAGCGUUGGGACGACUACGCCCUAGCCAACAACCUUCCUGGCCGCCGCGGUGAACUUACCGGCUGCCAAGAGAAGGUCCACUACACUGGUGGCUACAUGGAUGACAUGGCCAUGGAGAUGGACGAUAUGCACUCGCAGUAUUCGUCAGUCAAGCCAGCCUCGACCAUUUUGACCGGCUUCCCCGGCCAAGGACGUCACGCUGGUCCGUACAUACCUCCGCAGUCACCGGCUCCCUUCGUCGGUGGCAACGUGCCCGGUAACCGCAACUCCCACAUGUCCAACUUUUCCCGCUACACCGACCUCCCUCAGAUGAGCGGUGGCCACCCUGCUCCGGCUUCUCGGCCCAUGUCCGUUGCCAACCUGGGCGGUUACCAGGAUCACCCAGGCCACCAAAGCCGUCACAGUCUUGGUGUGGUGAGCACUGAUAACCUCCUCGCCUCACGCUCUCGCAGCCCACUGGCCCAGUACCCUCCUUCCCGACCCGCUAGCACCGCAUUUGACUUCCGUGCUGCCAGUGGAAGUGGACCCGAUGAGGGGUCCAUUACCGAGGCCAUUCGUGGAUGCCUGGCAGAGGUUGACCUCGACACAGUUACCAAAAAGCAGGUCCGCGUCCUCGUCGAACAACGCCUCCAAACCUCGAUCACCGGCGAGAAGCGAGCCUUCUUGGACCGCCAGAUUGACCACGAACUGGCCAAUAUGUGA